GACCCGGGCCGCGCGCUGUGGAGCCGCCCGUCCACCCAAGCGCUCGCUCUGCGGCGCCCCCCGCCCCGGCUCCUAGCCCGCCCGCCCCGGGCUCGCCGGCCGCGGGAGUGGCCUCAAGAUGGACGAAGACGGCGGCGGCGAGGGCGGCGGCGUGCCUGAAGACCUCUCAUUAGAAGAGAGAGAAGAACUUUUGGACAUUCGUCGAAGAAAAAAGGAACUUAUUGAUGACAUUGAGAGGCUAAAAUAUGAAAUUGCAGAAGUGAUGACAGAGAUUGACAACUUAACCUCUGUGGAGGAGAGCAAAACUACUCAGAGGAACAAACAAAUAGCCAUGGGAAGAAAGAAAUUCAACAUGGACCCCAAAAAGGGAAUUCAGUUUCUAAUAGAGAAUGACCUGCUACAGAGUUCCCCAGAAGACGUCGCCCAGUUCCUCUAUAAAGGAGAAGGCCUAAAUAAGACUGUCAUUGGGGACUAUUUGGGUGAGAGGGAUGAAUUUAAUAUCAAAGUUCUUCAGGCUUUUGUGGAACUCCAUGAAUUUGCUGAUCUCAACCUUGUACAAGCCUUAAGGCAGUUCUUGUGGAGCUUCAGGCUUCCAGGAGAGGCUCAGAAAAUUGAUCGCAUGAUGGAGGCCUUUGCUUCACGCUACUGCCUGUGCAACCCUGGAGUCUUCCAGUCUACAGACACAUGCUAUGUACUGUCAUUUGCAAUCAUCAUGCUCAACACCAGCCUUCACAACCACAAUGUGCGUGACAAACCCACUGCAGAGCGGUUCAUCACCAUGAAUCGCGGCAUCAACGAGGGAGGGGACCUCCCAGAGGAGCUGCUGAGGAACUUGUAUGAAAGUAUUAAGAAUGAACCAUUUAAGAUCCCAGAGGAUGAUGGGAAUGACUUGACGCACACAUUCUUCAACCCAGACCGGGAAGGCUGGCUUCUGAAGCUGGGGGGGCGUGUGAAGACCUGGAAGCGGCGCUGGUUCAUCCUGACGGAUAACUGCCUCUACUACUUUGAAUACACAACGGAUAAAGAGCCUAGGGGAAUCAUCCCACUGGAAAACCUCAGCAUCAGGGAGGUGGAGGACCCGCGGAAGCCUAACUGCUUUGAGCUUUACAAUCCCAGUCACAAAGGGCAGGUCAUCAAGGCCUGCAAAACAGAAGCGGAUGGCCGAGUUGUGGAGGGGAACCACGUGGUGUACCGGAUCUCUGCCCCGAGCCCAGAGGAGAAGGAGGAAUGGAUGAAAUCCAUCAAAGCAAGCAUCAGUAGGGAUCCUUUCUAUGACAUGUUGGCCACAAGGAAAAGAAGAAUUGCCAAUAAGAAAUAGAACUUACCUGGCUCCGCAGGUCACCAGAAAGAUCCACACCCCACAGCAGAGCUGCAGGUCAGGGAGGUGGGAUCCCGCUCGGCACUCACAGCUCCCCCAGAACUGCGGCCCCAACACACACGCCAAAGCCUUGUGCUGUGACUUGGACUGGACUGUGGUCAGCUGCCACCUCUGGGGCGCCCAUGAUGGGAGAGGUCCAAAGCAUCAGGCCCCCUGGCUGGGCUGUGGGAAUCUUCAUCGCACACACAGGACUCGCGCAGCAGGAACUGCGUUUGCACCAGUCAUGCCACGCUUGCACAUUGGGGCAGAGUUGACCACUCUAGAAGCCGCUGCUUUAUAUCAAAACAGGAAAGGAAAAGCUACCACUUUUUUUAUUCAGAAUUUUUCUCAGAUAUAUAGGAUUAUAGCUUUUAUAUGCCUUUUUGUAUUCUGAAAUUAUAAUGAAAGAUACUUACUUUCUAACAGUAGUAUUUUUAGAAUGGCAGCUAUAAAUUUAACUCCUGGACACAAGUAUAUACCGUGCACUGAAAAAAAGUCUAUAUAUGCAGCACUCAGAGGGCGGGCUGUGGAGCACUUGCCCUGGAUAGGAGCUGCUAUAGGGCCUGGCUGAGAACAGACAGGUGCUCUGGGGAAGGUGGUGCCUGGUAUCCUUGAGGACGGGUACACUGGGGGCUCCGUGUGUGAUCAGCUCUGCAGUCUCCCCUCAACUCAGCUUUGGCCCCACAGAUGCUUUCUAAAAUAAAGUAUUUAUCCUGUACUGCUGAAUCCUAGACAAUGAAGCCCUUUCCCUGGACACAAAUCAUCCACGCAUCGAACCACAUAAAAUGCUAAUAUUUGACUGUUUUUACCCCUAGAAACAGCAGUUUCAUGUUGUUCAACUUUAAUACAUUGGUCUGAUAAGCUUUUGACCACAUUCAUCAAUAUUUAAAACUUUUGGUAAAAUGCUUAUUUUGACAUUAUACUAAUCUGAUUUUUUUAAUGUAAUGGAUAUAUAAGUACCUACGAAUAAUCUUAUUCUUCCUUACUAUCAUGUUCUCAGAGAUUUGAUCUCCCCUGUGAGAGCAGCAAGCUAUGACUGAAGGUGUGUGGCCUGUAGGGUUUUCUGUGAACAGUACACCAGGGUGGGACUUGUAAAGCUCCACAACUGGGGAUUGUCACGUGGCCAUCCCUGUACAAUAGUAGGUGCUCAGGACAUCUGUGGAAAGGACACACACACCAGGAUGAAGGGGGCCGCGGAUGUAGCUCAGGGUAGUAUUUGCCUAGCAUGUGCAGGGCCUUGGGUUCCAUCCUUGCUGACACAAAAGAUGAGGGUGCGGAUGAGGCGGAGAUGAGAUGGGGGCUGGAUUAGAGAGCCCUCUCCCCUUGUAGAAUGGUUUCUUUGCAUCUUCAUGGCACCAGUGCAGAGCAUGUAGGACCUUCUUCAGCUCUAUGGGCUGUUCAGCUGGUGGGUGACCUUUUCCCCCCGGAACUGCUCUCUCUACCCCAUUUGCACCUGGAAUUUGCACCCUUUGGAGGUCAUUUGUACUCCUGUGCAAAAUCCGGGAGUGAAAACCUCAGACCAUAUGCACUUAUUUUGUUCUAAAUAGCAGAAGUAAUUAUUCUUAUGAACUGCCUUGAGGAGGAGACAGCACAGCCUGAGCCCUUUGCCUCUGUGUGGCUGACAUUGAUGUAGCUUUACGUCAUACAAGCAAAGGGGUCCAAGGCUGAAACUCUCCAUCCUGCAUCAGACUGAUUUGGUUUAUACCCGAGCUUCUAGGCUUUGUUACUUUAUUGAUACCUCAAAUCUGAAGCUUUAGUGUUUGGGCAAGUCUCCCUUGAAAUGCCUGACUGGUGUAUAUGCAACUUGGCCUCCAGUCUUCCAUGUGCAAGUGCUGCCUGGACCCCUGGCCAAGUACUGAUGCUGCAGCUUUGCCAGGCCAUCACUGGGCUGGCCCCAACCAGGACUGCUGCGGCGCUGGCCAGGUCAGUUUGCCACAUGUGGACAAGCCAUUUCCUCUCUCCUGACUGUCUAACCCAGGUACAGACCUGGGAACAUGGAGCUUUCUGGUUUGGGGUGUUAAGCGAGCAUGAAGUCACCUGAUGGUAAAUCUUGUUUGCACGGUCAUCUUGUGAGCAAGCUUUGCCUGAUGGCUGUCACCCGGGAUCAAUACCAGAAGGCCUUCGUACUUAGAAUCUAAGUAACUUCCCUCAAAGAGUAUUACGUGAACUUGCCUAAUCUGAGGUUUUGUUGUGACAGUAUUAACCCAAAGGCAGUGGAUGAGUUGUUAGGCCAGGUCCAGAAAAUCCUCCAGUCUAGUGACAAAUACACACCUGGCCUCCACCAGGACACCCUAGAAGAGGGGGACAGCAGUUUCAGCCUCAGUCAAGCUCAUCCUCCUCUCCACCCCAAUGUCUACACUCAGUGCUUGGAUUAGCCCGAUUCUGGCCAAAGACAAAGUUUCCUCCAGAGACAAAGGGCAGUAGGCAGAGGAGAGGAACCCUGGGCUGGAGACUGCAGCUUCCACAGCCCCUCUAGCCUGGCUCCCUGGGUCCUGGCCAUCACUUGAGGUUUAACUGGACUGACUCUGGACCCAGACAUGCACCUUUGUCCUCAGGGUCCAGAACACUUUUGAGCAGUUCAUGUGGUACCAAACAGUCAUAAGAGGAGCUGUUUGUAGAUGAAACAGCAUUGAAUGCUUCAUGUAAAGCAAUGCCUAUUUUCAGAGUUACAAAUGCAUUUAUCUACACAGAUGUGCUUUGCUGAGAAGUUAGGUCUAUUAUAGACCAGAAACCACAAGUUGUGAUUUCUCAUUUUCUUAUUUUUUUCUUAGAAGACAUUUCUAUUUACAAUAAAUGUAGUCAGUAUGUAAAUAAUGUACAUAUAUAUUGAUUUCUGGAGUGUUUUGUUAUUCAAUGUAUAUAUUUCCCACAACUUGCAUGAAGAAGUAUUCUAUUGAUAUCAAAAUAUCUAUUGAUAUUUUGUUGCAGAGUGAAGUUAGUAAAAAUUGGAGGGUAUAUGGCUGUCAAAACUCUUGUAGAUAUUGUGUUCACUAAAUAAAAAUCAAAUGUAUUAUUAAGACAA